AUGAACAGCGAUCGGAAGCCCAAAGUGUUCAGGCUGCGGCAACUACCCCGCGAUGCUACGGAGUCCCAAACGCUGGUCUUUCUCAGCAAAGGUCUAGGCGGUAUACGAGUCGAUGACAUACACAUAUAUUCAUUGGCGACGAGCCUGAGUCCCUGGCGACCAACUAAAACGGCCACACUCAUGUUUGACUCACCUCCUCCUCUAACCGAGCAACAUAAAGAAGAAGACGAAUGGCAAAUCACAGUGAUGGGACUUGAAAAGCCUCUGAUAUUAGAUACUCAUUUUCGUGGGCUAACACCGCUUCGCGACCCAACUUCGGAGCACAGUUUCGACUGCAUCUCACUCUCGGGGCUCUCAAGUCACCCAUUCGGGUCAUGGCAGCCCAAAAAGAGCGACAAAACACUCAUGUGGAUCAGAGACGAAUUACCCUUUGAUCUGCCUCAGCUCAGGCCAGUCGUUUAUGGUUACGAGACGCCAUUGCCUAGAAGCAGAUCAUUCCAGAGUAUCGAUGAUCUCGCGUCGCAACUCAUUAGCCAUUUGGAAUCCAGUGGAUGGACUUCGUUGAGCGCAAAGCCACUCGUGUUCCUGGCUCAUAGCCUUGGAGGACUCGUCCUCAAGCGCGCCAUUGUGGCACUUGCCAACAGGGGCGAUGGCGAUAUGGCCAUCCGUAUUACUGGAGGUAUCUUCUUCGGGGUGCCGAACUUCGGUAUGGAGCAGUCAUCGUUUCGAUCAAUGGCCAAGGGGAAUCCCAACGAGCCAUUGGUAGAUGAUUUAUCCCACGAUUCGCCGUGGCUGCAACGCCUCGAAUCACAAUUCAAUGGCAUUUCCUUCCUACAGAAGAUGAGAAUGUUCUGGGGCUAUGAAACGUGCACAUCGCCCACCUUAGUACUAAAUGAUGAUGGUAAAUUUGUGGCGGGCGCUGAUGUGAUUCUUGUUACGCCCCAAUCCGCCACACGGGGUUUACUAGAAUCAGAUGAAAGCCUGACAUUUCCACUCAAUGAAAACCAUUCCAAUAUCGUCAAGUUUUCUCGAAAUCAUGAAGAUUACAAUGUUGUUGUGGGAAAGAUUGCUCAGAUCUGCAACAUCCCACCUGACCGCGUUGCUUCUAGCGAGGCGAAUGAAAGCCAUCCAAAUAGUUCGACCUCUAGCCGGAUGAGAUUACCCAAGCUUCCACUGGGUCGAGAUUCCACACUCAGUAGUUCAGCUCAGCCAAGCGAUAGAAAACUAUUAGAUGUCUUACUUCGUUCACUAAAAGCGCCGGCGCGAGACAGUCGCAUGAAUGAGAUUGAACCACAUUUCCGCAAUACGUUCGACUGGAUAUUUGACAAGCCAGAAAGUGGCUUUGUCCACUGGUUGGAGGUUGGAGAAGGAGCAUUUUGGAUCAAUGGCAGCCCUGGAUCAGGGAAGUCUACUCUCAUGAAGUACAUAUUCAACGAUCAUCGAACCCGCGAACUUCUCCACGAUUUCAGAAACCCAGGCGAUGAAGUGUUUGCAGGAUUCUUCUUCCAUCAUCGCGGCUCACCAGAGCAGAAGUCCUUCGAUGGAUUACUCAGAAGUAUUCUUAGCCAGGUUCUGGAACAAAUCCCAAAGGUCAGCCAGAUCCUUGGUUGCCUUAUCAAACAAGAUGAUUCCGGAGAGCUUGUGUUCCCGGAUUGGUCCACUCUUAUGUUGGAAGAAGCCUUCAACAUGAUUUUGAACCAACAGCGAUUCAGGUUGAGAAUUUUACUCUUCAUGGAUGCGUUAGACGAAUAUCAUGGGCGGCCUGAAUUCAUCGGCAACUUCGUCGAAAGUCUCGUGAACAGAGAUAACACAUCCUUAACACAUCUGAAGUUAUGCUUCUCUAGCCGCCCUUGGACUGCAUUCACGACCCGUUUCACGGACUACGUGAGCCUCACGAUUCAAGACUUCACCAAGGGUGAUAUCCGCCGUUAUUGUCUCGGGGCGAUGGACGCUAAACUUUCCAUUGAUAUAUCUAUCCGUAUGGAAGACUUGAUAUCGCACGUCGUCAACCGGUCUAAGGGUGUAUUUCUGUGGGUCAAAUUGGUAGCAAGCGACCUUGCUAGCGCCGCCAACUCAGGAUGCAGUGAGGAGGACUUGGAACGACUCCUACAAUCUCUACCCGAUGAGCUAAGCGACUACUACGCAGAAAUCGUCCGAAGGACGCCGAUCACAUCUCGUUGGACUCUUUACGCCAUGCUAGAAAUCACAGCUCGAUCCAUAUAUCCCUUGAGCGGGCCUGAACUCAUAGGUGCAGUCGAGUGUUCCCGAUGUUCGACUUAUGCAGAGGCAGUUUCGGAAUCGGAGAGAUUGCAGGUACUGAGAGGGCCAUUAUGCAAGGAGUAUGCAGCAACUCAAAUAAGAAAUCACGCACAAGGUCUCGUGCAGAUUCGGGGAGGCCACGCUGAGCUUUUGCAUCAGACUGUCAAGGAAUUCGUUGGCCGACCCAACUUCAGCGCUCUCGUCCUCGAAACCGAGGCCAAGGCCACCUUUGAAAACGGACAUUCUUUCUUGUUCAAGUGGCUUUUGUCGCAACGCGAUCACGUUGAGGAACGAGGGACUCGGGGUCCGACCGGGACUUUCGAGAUUGAGACCUCGAUCAUGUAUUAUGCCAGAAUGUCAGAGAAGACUACCGGCAGGAGCAUGAGAGUAUUUCUGAACAGUAUCCCACCAGAAAGGUAUACAGAUAUCGCCAGCAAGUGGUCAACAAGCGUGAAGAGCCCUCUUGGCUAUGCCUCGUUAGCAGGCCUUCGUCUGUACUUCCGAGAAUCGAUCAAGCUGGACCCAGGAUUCUUGCUCAACUGCGACAGACGCAACCAAGAAUCCUUGAUUUCGCUAGCUCUCUGGCUCUUCUGGCGAAAAAAGAACCAUGGCAAAAUACCAAUCUCCCGAUCUACCGAAGGCGCUGAGCUUGUCCGACUAAUCCUAGAAAACGGCUACAGAAUCGACAGCGAAAGAGAAGCAUUUUCUGAGCUGGUCACUUAUGUGGCCACGACUCCACCGAGAAACAUACGGAACAAGUCCAUAGACAUCAUCAUUCGCUUUCUAGAACUUGGGCAGGAUCCCAAUGCGCCGAUGACCAUCUGGACAUCUUUCCGCGAGAGAACUGCAGACGGAAGCGGGCCGCUGAUCUGCAAGCCGCUGCACAUCAGCCCGCCCGAAGUCGUGCCGUCUCUGAUAGUUCACGGUGCGGAUCCCAACGCCGAGGACUCGGAAGGCAUGACGCCGUUGGACAGGCUGUACUACAACGUGUCGGUCGAGACGCAAAUGGAGAUCUUCCUUCGCGGGAGCCACAGGAGGACUGUAGCGGAGUCGUACCAGGUCGCUUGCAUGCUGCUGGAGGCGGGUGGACAACGGACAGGAAAGGUAACGGACCGGGCCUGGCGCAGGCUCAUGGAUCUCUUCUCCAGAAACGGAUAUGAUGUCGAGUCACUUGAACGUCUUGCUGGUAGUAGAGCCCGUUGGAAGAGAUGGCCACUACCGUGGGGUUCGUGA